AUGGCAUAUAACGAGAAUAACAUGAACUGUGUCGAGCGUGUCCAAGAGUACAUGGCCUUCCCUCAAGAAGCCCCCUCGAUUGUUGAAUUGACGAUUGAUGGAGCUGAUAUCUUGAAGAUUGGGGUUCAUGAUCUACGGUCGAAUUUGACGAUUAUGUCGCAGGAUCCGGUCUUGUUUAUCGGCACUGUCUGGGCGAAUUUGGAUCCGUUCGAGGAGCAUGAUGACGCUGCUCUUUGGGCUGCGCUUAAGCGCGUCCAUCUCGUCUCCGACAUCACCACUCCCGACCCCUCCUCCAAUAGCGCCACCUCCAUCAACGCCAACUCCGCCUGGGCACUCCUCAAGAACUCCAAGAUCAAUAUCAUGGACGAAGCCACGGCCUCGGUUGACCACGCCACCGACGCCAAGAUCCAGGCGACGAUCCGUGAGAGUUGUUAUGACGCGACUCUGUUGACGAUUUCACAUCGGCUGAGGACGAUUAUUGAUUUCAAUCGUGUGAUUGUGAUGGAUCAUGGGAGAAUUGUCAAGUUGGAUACGCCGGAAAGGUUGAUCAGGGAGGAGGGUGGGGUUUUUAGGACGAUGUGUCAGCGGUCUGGGGAGUUUGAGCUGUUGUUGUUGUUGUUGGCGAAUACUGCUGCUGCUGCCAAGCGACCCAGGGCCUAG